AUGCCGGCACGUCAAGGAAUGAGGCCUCUGCUGGUCACGGCUUGCAGGGCGAGCAAACGACCUUCAACCAUCCCGCGAAGGCAGCUGAGCUUUCUUAUCACAUCAUCCUCGCCAUCACAGCAACGCCCGACAUGUCGCUUCCCACCAGAAAUGAUACCCAUCCCGCUACCCGUCCCGAAACCGAGCUUUCCGACGGUGGGAGGAUCGCGUCCCUCGCCCCAGGUACGGCAUGCAUCUUCCACGGCGUCGAGCCAAGAGCUCAAGCGCACGCCGCUGUACGACUUGCAUGUCUCCCUCGAUGCCAAAAUGGUGCCAUUCGCGUCCUUCUCCAUGCCGUUGCAGUACCCAGACCUCAGCCACAAGGAAUCCCACCUCUGGACGCGCCAACACGCCAGCCUGUUCGACGUCUCUCACAUGGUCCAGCAUAAACUCUCCGGCGAAUUGGCCGAGGAGUUCUUGAUGACGGUCACGCCUUCGGCCUUGAAGGAGCUGGAGAAGCACCGCUCGACCCUGUCAUGUCUGCUGAAUGAGCAAGGCGGGAUCGUGGACGACACGGUGAUUUCCCGCAUUGGGAAGGAUGGGUUCUACUUUGUCACGAAUGCCGACUGUCGGGAGAAGGAUCUGAAGUUCCUCGACGAGCAGAUGGGCAGCUUCUUGAAAGCCCGGGGCGCCUCGAAGGAAAAGAUCAACUGGCACGUCCUUGACCACCACGCGCUGUUGGCACUUCAAGGUCCUCAAGCCGCAGAGGUCUUGCAAGCCCUCGUCUUCCAUGACACGGAGGAUGAAGGUCUCGACACGAGCCUGGAGACACUGUACUUUGGCUCUAGUCGGUGGGUUCAACUCACACUACCCGAGUCAGGCAUGAAUACGCCGUCUCUCCUCAUUACUCGUACGGGCUACACCGGCGAAGAUGGCUUUGAGAUCUCGAUUCCCCCUGAAAAUGGAGACGCGACCGACCUGGCCACCAACAUCGCAAAGGCGCUGACAGCGGACCAGUCCAAGGUCCGCUGGGCGGGGCUCGGGGCGAGAGACUCGCUGCGGUUAGAGGCUGGCAUGUGCCUGUACGGCCACGACCUGAACGAGCAGAUCACACCACCAAUGGCAGCUCUGGGCUGGUUGGUCGGCAAGUCUCGCCGCGGGGAAAACCCCUCCCCCGCCUUCAACGGCCAUGAGACCAUCAACAAGCAGCUCGCGGCGCCGAAGAGCAUGCCGGAGCGACGAGUUGGGCUCCUGAUCGAAAAGGGCCCCGCUGCGCGCGAGGGCGCAGAGAUCGUCGAUCUCGAACACGACAACGAGGUCAUUGGGCGCAUCACCUCAGGAUCUCCCAGUCCAAGCUUGGAUGGGCAGAACAUCGCCAUGGGAUACAUCAAGAACGGCCUCCACAAAAAGGGCACGCAGGUCGGGGUCAAGGUGCGCAAAAACGUGAGGAAAGCGGAGGUGGUCAAAAUGCCAUUCGUGCCGAGCAAGUUUUUCACCAAACCUUCGUAA